AUGGUCCACCCCUACCAGAACGAAAUGAACAAUGGCAGGAGGCCUGUGAGGAUGAACAAGGAGCUUCUGACUAAACACAGACAGAAGAAGGAAGUGUACAAGAGGUGGAAGCAGGGGCAGGUGACCCAGGAGGAAUAUAGAGAUGCUGGCUGUCUGUGCAGGGAUAGGGUUAGGAAAGCCAAAGCUGAUCUGGAGUUGAAUCUGCUGAGGGAUGUGAAGGGCAACAAGAAAGGAUUCUACAAGUACAUCAACAGCAACAGGAGUCUAGGGAAAACGGGGCAAAACUAUACUUCUCUGCCUCCAGGAAGAACACAGUUUAAAGUGGUAAUUAAAGCACUUUCUCCCAAAGAAGUCGCCAGAAUUUACACCCCUCGCCCUUUGGAUAGAAAUGAUGGCACAUUUCUUAUCCGGUAUCGAAUGUAUGGGAGUGUCAGAAAAGGGUUAAAGAUUGAGAUACUUUACGGUGAUCAGCAUGUAGCUCAGUCUCCUUAUAUUUUGAAAGGACCAGUUUAUCAUGAAUAUUGUGACUGUCCUGAAGAAGAUCCUGAGAUCUGGCAGAACGUUAUGUCUUGUCCCUCCCAAGAACCUCAGAUUACAAAGGACUUCAUUUCUUUUCCCACCAUUGACCUGCAGCAAAUGCUUAAGGAAAUCCCAACAAAGUUCAGUGGAACAAGAGGUGCUAUUGUUCAUUAUACUAUUCUCAAUAAUCACAUCUACCGGCGCUCCUUAGGGAAGUAUACAGACUUCAAAAUGUUCUCUGAUGAAAUAUUCCUGUCACUGGCAAGAAAGGUUCAUCUUCCUGAUGUGGAAUUUUAUCUUAAUGUUGGAGAUUGGCCAGUUGAAUAUCGGAAAGCUAAUGAUACACCUGGUCCUAUACCUGUCAUUUCAUGGUGUGGCUCUGUGGAUUCAAGAGAUAUAGUCCUUCCAACGUAUGAUGUAACCCACUCGACUCUUGAAACCCUACGUGGAGUCACAAAUGAUCUCCUUUCUAUUCAAGGAAAUACAGGCCCCUCCUGGGAAAACAAAACUGAGCGAGCUUUAUUUAGAGGUCGAGACAGCCGAGAAGAACGUCUCCAUCUUGUCAAGUUAUCCAAGGAAAAUCCAGAACUACUAGAUGCUGGAAUAACAGGAUAUUUCUUCUUCAGAGAAAAAGAAAAAGAGCUGGGAAAGGUUCAGCUGAUGGGCUUCUUUGACUUCUUUAAGUACAAAUACCAAGUGAAUGUAGAUGGGACCGUAGCAGCUUACAGGUUUCCAUACCUCUUGCUGGGUGACAGCCUAGUAUUGAAGCAAGAUUCCCAGUACUAUGAACACUUUUAUAUUGGAUUAAAACCUUGGAAACAUUAUGUUCCAGUUAAGAGAAACUUAGAAGACUUGCUGGAGAAAAUAAAAUGGGCUAAGCAAAAUGAUGAAGAAGCAAGAAAAAUUGCUAAAGAAGGACAGUUAAUGGCAAGAGAAUUACUUCAGCCUCACAGGCUUUACUGCUACUAUUAUAAAGUGCUCCAGAAAUACGCCAAACGCCAAGCCAGCAAACCUGAAAUACGGGAUGGAAUGGAACUUGUACCUCAGCCUGAUGACAGAGACUCAGUGUGCAGUUGCCACAGGAAAAAGCCUUUAAGGGAGGAUCUAUAACUGUACCAGAUAGAGAAAAUCACCCACUUACAAUGCAAGAAUUUAAACAGGAAUUAAGCUGUGAAAUCUAAGACACUUAUGCACUAGCAAACAUUCUUAGUUAUGUAUUCUUUUUGUAUUUGCAUAUCCUUUUUCACACUGACUCUGAUCUACAAUGUUGGUUCCCACAACUUUGUCUCCAUGACCACCAGCAGACAGGUACUGAGCCUGUAAUUGGAGCGUCUAGGGGAUUGAUUUGAUGUACUGCAUCACCAGGAAGAAGAGUGCAGUGCUGCUUGUGUUCCAGCUGGGACCUAGUUACCAAAGUUUUAUGAGGAACCAGUCAUCCACAAAAGAUCUUCCAUGAGUCAGUGCAAGUUAUUCUAAAGGAGCAUUUGCAACAUACUAGUGUUAUGAUUUCUUCAUAAAGUUUACCUCAGUGUUAGAUUGUUUCCUGUAUACAAAACAAUUUUCUAACUAGACAAAGAAAAUGAAUAUUUGAGAUUUACAGAUACCA